AUGGCCACCUGGUCCGCCCUGAAUAUCGAGGCUGAUGAAGUCUUUGAGGAGGAGGUCGAUGAUACCAAGGAGAUCCAGAUCGAGGAGGCGCUGAAGCUGUACCAAAAUGCCUUGAAACUCCACUCGCAGGGCCCAGAGUUCUACGCGCAAGCGGCGGAAGCGUACGAUGCGCUCCUUAACUCAGAGAUCUUCAAAUACCCCGAGUCGUUGUCGGAAUUUCGAAGGGCGGCCUUGCACGACGGUGACGGCCAACAAUUGGCUAGGUCUACAAAUGAUGGAGGAGCAGUUGUGGUGGCCGUCGCGGAGCCUCUGGCGGAAUACGACGUCAACGACUCAACCUCAAGCACCUUGCUUCAAACCAUCUAUUUAUCGCACAAAAAUUACGGUCAAUUUCUCUUGGAUUCUCUGCAUCAUGUCUUGCGGACCACACCCCAGGACUCUGAGGCUGCUGCAGGGCUGGUUGGCAAGAUUAACACGUGCUCGAAAACGGCCCUGGUUUCUUUCGCAGAGGCGUUAGAGAAGGAUGACACAGAUCUUGACCUCUGGAGGCGGAGUGCCAGGCUGAGCAGUGCUUUGCAGAGCUAUAGACUGGCUCGUUAUUGUCUGGAAAGCGUGCUCGCCGAUGACGAGAAUCGCUUGGAAGUGCGCGCAGAACAACUAGGCCUUGACGAAACUUUCGCCCAAGAGCGCCUCCGCGGCACCCUCCAGUCUCUCUAUGACAAGCUGUCCGUCUCUCAGAUUCCAGUCCAAAAGCCAAAGAAAGCCUUGUUGAAACUCUUAAUCCGUCAAUCAGACCCUUUCCCCUAUCUACCACUGCUUGAGGGAGACAUAGAAAAUGCCAAACCCUUACAAAGAACUCUAGAAAAGCGGCUCGAUUGUCACGAACUGACACCUUCCGGAUUUACUUGGGAAGCUGUGGGCAAAGAGAUCCUCCAAUUGGUUCUUGACGAGAGACAAGAUAAAUUAAGACUCAGCCUCAAUGAUGGGGUGAAAAUCUCUCUGACAGAGCCAACUCAGCCGGAUCCAUCAAUAGCUGGCGAGUCUACGAGAGCUGAGCCGUCUCAAAACAUUGUUGGUGCCGGGGAUCAAACUGCCGUGAAGAAAGAAGUCGAAAUGACAGAUGCCAGCAACCCACCAACAACAGGAGAGCCCCUCGCUACGGUGAAAUCACAAACACAGACUUCCGCGGACUUAGCCGAGGACCAGUCAUCUGUUGAUCAACGAGCAGAAAAUCAGUUGAUGGAAGGCUUGAGCGGUCACGCAGAACAAGCCCCGGAGCCUCAUGUUCAACCACCGGAUACCACAGCUAAUGAGGAUCCUGAUCCGAAGUCGUCGAUAAUUGCCUCCCGUAAGAGAUCAUCCACUUCUAUCGCAAACGAGGAUAAUACAGAGGGAGGCAGGACGAAGAGUCGGAGGACUCGUGCGCGAGAAUCCAACGCCGAUAGUUUGGCUCAGACUGACGAGGUAACUUUCGAUCAGUCCAAAUAUUAUGAAGACCGUCUAGAACUUUACAAUCAAGCGGACGGUUGGAUGUUCGAAACUGUCGGAGCAUUGUUCAGAAAGAUCGGCGUCGAGGAACUGGGGGCUGUUGACGAGCUGCGAAAACAAUUCUCCUCCGCCAGUGACCAACAGGGGUCUGCAGAAACUUCCGAAACACCACCCGCGGCCACUGAGAUUGCUAUUUUCCAGGAUCUCCGAGAAAGCUUCCAGGCCUGGAACGAGGAGAAAUCUCGAGUAGCUCUGCAUGGAGAAAGCUUCUCUUCGCUGGAAACCCUUCGAGGGAACAAGUCGGGCUUGGCUAUCUUCCAAGAGCACUCCAGGAAAUCCAUUCGGAAGCUGAAUGUGGAAAAGGAACUCUUAGAAGGUGACGAAUUGUCGGCUUUCAUCAAGGUGGUCAACGACGGAUGGUUUCAUUUACCCGAAACCAGCCUAUCUUGGCUUAAGGGUGUUCUUAUGCCUGCGUAUGGCAAGUAUUCCUUUGAAGAUGAGAAUUCCCCAGUGGACGAGUCUUCAAAUACAGAAACAACGUACACAUCUUUCCAAUGGUCUGAAACUCUGAAGGAUACGAUUAUUCAACUGCUAGUCCAGGAGGAUAGCUUCAUGUGGGAUAGGAUGUGUGAAGAUACAGCGGCUCUCGGGCAAGCAGUCUUGCAAUCAACAUCCGAGUCUCCAUUCACAUAUACACUAAAGAAUCUCUCCGAAUGUCUCAUGAUUGAAACGAUUUAUGAACUUCAUCUAGAUGUCUACGCGCGCAUUAGCAGCCCCAACAAUGACUCUGAUCAAGACACCAGAGUUGUCCAGGAAGAUCGUCUCGGGAGGUGGUCUCAACUGGCGCGAACGUCCCUUAAUUACCUCAUGGAUUACGCUCCACCUGGAGAACUGCAGACACGUUUGGCCCUGCGUCAUACAUGGGCAUCGACCUUUCACUCAAACAUGGCUCCGGAUUGUCGACGAGAAUACGCCCUGUUCUGUCUUGAACACCUCAAGGACACCUUCCAUCAGCUCCAAACCCCGGCGAUUCCUCUGGUCAAUAAUGUGGUAAUGUUUGAGCUUUCGGUCGCGGCACUUGACCAGGAGAUCUCGAAGUUGAAGUCCAUGGAUUUCUUCAUGAAGAUAUUCGGCGCAGAUUCAGAUGACCCCGUUGACCUGAUCGAGACGAUCGAACCUAUUCUCGAGCCGUCAGCUAUCGAAAGCAUCCCAGACGGUGCAACAGAGAAUACCGAAACAGCAGCAGCCACAGCACAGAUCCAGGAGAUGAUAUCUUUUCUUGACCGUGGAGACGCAACCCUGCGUUUAUUCCUAUGGCGGCGACUGCAGGAGGCAUAUAAAUCUAUAGAAUACCCGCCUAAGGUCGUGUCAUGCUAUCUACGAAGCAUAGAAACUAUUAUCAAAGAGCUCUGGGGCGCGUCUCACCUCGAGGCCACACCCGAAGAUCGCCAAAUAGCACUGCUCAAGUGGUUGAAAUCUCUUGAGGGUAUCCUCAAUGAAACUGUCAAGCUCGUACUGCAGAAGCAGACAAACGCAUACGAUUGCGUUGACAUGGAUCACCUCGUAUCCUCAAUGACCGCUAUUGUUCGAUUAUUGAAGCUUCUCCAAUGCCUCCUACUCUAUGAUGAUUCUGUCCGAGUCGGUCAAACCCCUGGACCCGAACUGCGCGCAUCCCAGGCCAAAUCCUUGGAGACCUUCAAGGAUAGAUUACGAGAGAUGCAAGUACGGUGCUGGAUCCUGCAAUAUACACUUCUCAAAGAAGCAAUGGCACAGAAUCAGGAACUCUUCGACAACCCAUCAGAAGACUGUCUUGAGUACCUGCGUGCGGUGCAUGGAGCUUUAGGGGUUCGUUCGAUGUGCAAGUACUCAAGCAAGCAAUUCCUGAAGCUCAUGAAGGCCGAGCUUCUCUCGUUGAAAGCGGGCGAUGAUUAUGAGUUUGAUACAUGCCAAGUGAUACUGGAUCUUCAUGGAAUCAAGAUUUCGGCAUUUGAUGGACUCGCGGAUCACGGCUGUCCUUCUGAGAAGCUUGACAAAGUCACAGCCAUCUCCGUGAUCGAUUUUGUGAUGAAGCAAGCUAAAAGGAUGAGCAUCACAGCUCUCUGCAAGUCUGAUUUGAAGACAACAAUAGAUAAGAUCUCGACUGCAAUCGGAAAUCUGAAAUCAUCGCCACCCCUGUCACUUAACAGACGUGUCGUGACCGCAUAUCUUAAUGGUCCCAUGAAUCCUGCUCAUCUUUCCCGCGCCGCCCAGGGGGUGUUAGAUCUGUCCUUAGUUCCCGUCUCCGCUGAAAGCUCUCAGAUUGCGCAGAAAGGCUGGUUCUUUCUUCUCGGCUACGCUUCCUUGACAAAGUUCCGUUCUCAAAAGCGCCUUAACCCUGUCCCUACCACGGAUCUAGACGAUGCUGUCAACUUCUUCAGGAAAGAUAUAGAAAAUGGGGCUGAAAACUGGGAAACCUGGUACCGGCUUGCGCAGACCUACGAUUCGAAACUGGAAGAAGAUAUUACCUGGUCCGCAGAUAAGAUCAACAAUAACAGAUCAGAAUUGCUGGUCUGGCAACGGUAUGCAAUUCAUUGCUACUCCAUGGCGGUAUCGACGGCGAUCAGGACUGCAGACCCAACACUAGAGACUCGCUUACUGCUGUCUGACCUCUUCACCGACUUUGGGAUCCGUAUGUACGCAUCUUCUCGAGAGCCCUUUUCUAUGGGAGCAUUCGAUCUUGCCGAUUUUAGUCGCCAUUACAGCAAAGAGAUGAAUCAGGAGAUGUACACGGCCCAGCCGUUCAGAGAAAUGAAGGCAUACUCUGUUUGGAGCUUUGGUAGAUACCUCCUCAGACGCGCCAUCGUCGACAAGCCCAAACGCUGGAUAAACCAUUAUAUGCUGAGCAAAUGUCUGUGGAAGAUGUUCAGCUGUGACGAUUCUGUGAGGGGUAAUUGCAAGCGCAUUUCCCUUGAUGAGCUUCUCGAUACUCUCCUCGACGCGAUUGAUAAUUUGCCUGAACGCAAAGACUCGCGGACAGAUCCUAUCUUCGAACCACACUUCAAACUCGUAUCAAUCGUUCAUAAGCUUGUCCAUCGCGGAACCCUAACGCCUGCUGAAGGUAGCAAAACUCUGAUGGCAACUCCAUGGGCUCGCAAAGUUCAACUCCCUACAGAGCCUCCCAUAUGGGAUCCAUAUAUCCGAGAAAUUCUUCGAAAUCUUAGAAAUGCAGACAAAUCUAACUGGCAUCACCGGAUGGCUGCAAGGGCUGCACAUGUUAUCUAUGAUGACCAUAAAGAUCCAACCUCUGCCAUGGCUGCUAAACACGAGUUGACCCAACAAAUCUUCACCAAAACCAUGACGAUUCAAGUCUGGAAACCCGAGUUCGAGCGCCCAGGUCGACACUUUGUGUACACUACACGCUACGCCUACUUUUUCGUGAGCUUGUUGGAUCAACUUGACGACCGUGCAAACUUGGAUCAACUCCUGCGUCGAGUGAGGAAGAAACAGGGCGAUUUCAUCAACCAUACCAAGCUGUGGGAAGAUAUGUGUACUACUUAUGCUAAAGUCAUCCGACGAGCUGGAAAGAUCAAUGAAGGGCAUGAAGAAGGGGUUUUCAGAGGCCUCACUUGGGAUGACUUUGUCGCAAACACUGCCCGGCUCGAAAAUCUCUCUCAACUUGUCCCCGACAGCAUCUUCAUCCUGGAGCUUCUCCGUGACUCGGUGGAGUUGAAGAAACUUAACAACAACUUGAUGAAAGUGACUAUGCUUGAAGACCUAAUCGCUGAUCUCUACUCGCGGAUAUAUGAGAUCAACAUGCCUCAACUAGUCGAACAAGUCAAUGAAGAAAACAAGGAGAAAAUGAAGGUCGACCAUCUCCUAAUGACCGGUGAAAGUACUGCGGAUGCCCAGACACCUCCAUCAGCUCCCGCGUCGGAGACGCCAGCUGCACCUCGGGGCCGAACCAAGGGCAUAGCCCGAAGAGAUAUCCAGAAACGAGCAGAAACAAUUGUGAACCGCAAGCUAACUCCUCGCGCCUUGACGGCCAAGCCUACCGCAUCGACGGAAGGAGAGUCUGCUCCGGUGUCUGGUGCAGCCACUUCUGCCGCAGCAGGAACUGCUGCUACUUCCACUGCGCACAUUGGCCGAAACGGGACCGACUGUCGAUCAAGAUCCCCCCCGCAAAGCAGUGCUGCGAACAGUGUACACGACAGUGCAGAUGAUGAGAGCGAGUUGAGUGAGAUUGACGAUGACCGGCUAGCAAAAUUGGCUACGGAUCGCAAGUCGGGCUCACUGUUGAACCGAAAAGGGCGGCUUCCGCGUCCUCCUCCGCCUGACCCCGAGACGGAAGCUAGUGACCUCGAUGACGGCAAGAUGUCCAAGUUGGCCGUUGAUCGGACAUCCCUGCUCUUUCCAACCCUGUCUCGUGGGCGCUCUCCAGGAGGACUGGAGUCAGAAAUUUCCGUUCCGCCAAGCGUUGACGAAGAGGAAGGAGAAGGGCACGUCGAAGGAGAGCAGGACGAGACGGAAGCAAAUCGAAAUUCCGUCGAGCCUGGUGAUAGCCUCAUGGCACUCGGCUCCUCGGGAGCCGCAGGGGAAGGCGACGGCGACGAAGACGAGGAGGGCGAUGAAGAUCUAGCUGACGAAGGGGAAGAGGGCGAAGAGGGCGGUAUGGAUGAGGGCGACACUGAAGAUGUUAAAGAUACCGAUAUCGACAUGGGGGAAGGCGAAGAAAUCGAUUUACUAGAGGUUUCUAUUCACGGGAAUGAUAGAUGCCUGGAGACAGCAAAGACUGAAGAACCAGCCGAGGCUAUGGAUACAUAG